UUUUGUUAAAUAUUUCGUACAAUAUUGUGUAAUACAGGAAUAAUAUUGUGUAUACAGGAUGUCACUUAAAGAAUCGCCCACUAUAAGUAUGUAGCAUUAUUCCUCACUAAAAAAUAAGUCAAGAAGUCUUGAACGAUUUCUUUCUCUUAUACAUAAUAAGUCAAGAUUAGCAUGAAUUUUUAGAAACUUAUAUGAAAAUCAUAAAUCCAGGACCCGAAUGUUCGGGGGAUUUUUCGAAGCGCGAGAUACCAACAUUUCUCGAGGAGACCCGAUCAUUAAUUCGGAUACGAUCGACAAGCGUCGCGUUUCGGGACAUUAUGAUUUUUAAAUAAUAUUAUAUGUUUCUCGAAACGAGCUCAGUCAGAUUGAGACGCGAGAGUGUUACAAGAAAUGUAAACACUGUCUUGUGUGCGAUAACGAACAUUUCAAAUUCCUAUUACAAAAUUCUUAUGCCUACGUUACAUAGAUUUAAAUAUCAAAAAUGUAUAAAGGCAUACGUGCGAUGCUAUGGAAGAAAAAGUCAAUACAUUAAUUUAUUUAUUAAAGAAACCAAGCGCUUAUCACAAAAAUAAAUAACAAAAGAAAGGAUAAAAGACAAAACCUUCCUCACGUUACGAGAACAUAUUUUUCAUAUUUGCAUAUUAAUAAAUGUGUUUCUAAAGAACUACGCAAAUUUAAUGAUCAACUCUGUACUAUUCAACGUUACAUCAGUUUUGAGAAGAAGAGACAUAUAGAUAAAGAUGGAAGAAGAAUUGAUUAAUUUUAUAAUUUCCGCACCGGGCAGAAUUGUCUUAUCUGGGGAAGACACGGCGGUGUAUGGAAAACAUUUGGUAGUGGCCGCUUUAGAUAUUCGUACCAAGCUUGAGUUCCGCGAACUAUCAGAGGCAGAAGGAAAAAUAAUUAAGAUUGAUUUCAAUCGUGUUGCUCUACAAAAGGAUAUAUUUUUAGAAGAUGUUGAAAGAUAUUUUUUCCAGACAAAUCUUUCAGAAAUUUAUACAAAUCCAAUCAGAUUUCUGCGAUACGUAACAUACUUUAUCACCACACACGGUUUGUGGAGCACACAUGAGCAAAAAUUUAGCUUACAAAUGUUUUUUUACUUGUUUUAUUCUAUGACUUAUGAUCUCGAAAGGAAACCUUUUUACGUGCACGUUUCCACGAAAUUACCUCCAGGCUCUGGUCUUGGCAGUUCGACAUCGUUCGCUGUAUGUCUAGCAGCGUGUUUUCUUCAUUGGAGAUGUCUACAGGGUGGUCAUCAUAUUAGCUUUAAUAACGAGGAGUUAAUGACGAUUAAACGGUACUCUGAAUCCUGUAAAGAUGUUAUGCAAGAAGAUGUGUUCCCAUGGGUCGAUGCUGAAAUUUGUAUACACGGCAAAAUAAGAUCACAUCAACAUACACAUUAUAAAUCUCUUCUUACAAGUAUCAUAAAUUUACAAAAAGUUAUAAAAAUUCUAAUAGUCCCAACUACAAAGGAACAAAGUAAGAAAAUAAGAGCGGAUAAAAUGGCACAUAUGAAGGUUUGUAAUUCAGAAUUUGAUUCAAUCAUAAAUCUGUUUGACGAAAUAGCAAAAUCAAUAUAUGAUAGACUUGAUAAUAUUAAUAACAACAGUAAUGCCAAUAUUUUUCCGAGUCGUGAUUACUAUGACUUACAGAAAGACAUUGCGAGGAAUCAACAAUUAUUGAAUAAGUAUCGUUUGUCGCCUCCGGCGUUUAAUGUAGUUGGCAAUAUUGCAAAAAUAUUUGGAUAUGGAGCGAAGCAGACAAGUUUUGGAGGAAAAUUUGCAUACAUUGUGCUACAACCAGAUAUUACAGACGCAACGAUCGAUUGUAUAAAACAAGUAUACCAAGAUGCACGUAUAAUGACAAGAGUUGCCACGAUCGAUUGUGAAGGAGUAAAAAUUGAUAAUUCAUGAUGCGAUUAGAA